CACGCUGUGUGAAGCGCGGGUAUAGUUUAGACUGAACAUCGCUCACAUCCAGUUGGAGAUGCACACUGACAGAUGUUGCCAACGUCGUCGCUCACUGGCGUUUACGUAACCGCCUCCUCCUGAUUCAGAAUUAAAACGAUCCUCUUUCUCUCUUGUUCCAGCAAUCAUCCCUUCUGCUGCUCCUCAACGGACAUUCAAGACUUCUGGUCAGCAAUUGAAUCAGCUAAUCGCUAGAGAAAAUGAGCGGCAGGACCAAGGGACGAACGGUCUUGGAAGUUGGAGCUGAUGGUGUUGCUGUCAUCACAAUCAUCAACCCUCCUGUCAAUUCCCUCUCCUUUGACGUGUUGAAUAGCCUUGAGGAAAAUUAUGAACAAGCUUUACGGAGAGAUGAUGUCAAGGCGAUUGUUGUCACAGGUGCUAAGGGCAGAUUUUCUGGUGGCUUUGAUAUUUCUGCAUUUGGUGGAAUUCAAGAGGGCAGUGUGCGUCCAAAGCGUGGUUAUUCCAUAGAAAUCAUCACUGACACUUUAGAAGCUGCCAGGAAACCUUCAGUAGCUGCCAUUGAUGGACUUGCAUUAGGUGGUGGAUUAGAGGUUGCAAUGGCAUGCCAUGCUCGAAUAUCAACUCCAAAUGCACAAUUUGGACUACCUGAACUUCAACUUGGAAUAAUUCCAGGAUUUGGAGGAACACAGCGUCUUCCCCGUCUAGUUGGUUUGACAAAGGCCCUUGAGAUGAUGCUGACAUCAAAGCCUGUCAAAGGGGAGGAAGCUUAUAGUUUGGGGCUUGUAGAUGCUGUAGUGUCACCCAAUGAAUUGGUGAACACAGCACGUCAGUGGGCCCUGGAUAUCCUGGAAUGCCGAAGGCCAUGGGUUGCCAGUCUCUACAAGACUGAUAAAAUUGAACCCCUUGGGGAAGCAAGGGAGAUAUUCAAGUUUGCAAGGAGUCAAACUAAAAAACGAGCACCAAAUCUUGUACACCCUUUGGUUUGCAUUGAUGUCAUUGAAGAGGGAAUAGUUUCUGGUCCUCGUGCUGGUCUAUGGAAGGAAGCUGAAGCCUUUGACAGCCUGGUGCAGUCAGAUACUUCAAAGAGCUUGAUUCAUGUAUUUUUUGCCCAACGAGGAACAUCUAAGGUACCUGGGAUUACUGACCGUGGUCUGGUACCAAGACAAGUGAGAAAGGUUGCCAUCCGGGGAGGAUUAAUGGGUUCUGGGAUAGCAACAGCACUAAUUCUUAGUAACUAUCCUGUAAUCUUGAAGGAAGUAAAUGAGAAGUUCUUGGAUGCAGGUGUUAACAGGGUUAAAGCAAAUUUACAGAGCCGUGUCAGAAAAGGGAGUAUGACUCAAGAAAAAUUUGAAAAGACCCUCUCUCUUCUUAAAGGUGUCCUUGAUUAUCAGAGCUUCAGAGAUGUAGACUUGGUGAUAGAGGCUGUUAUUGAGAAUGUUUCUUUAAAGCAACAGAUCUUUGCUGAUCUUGAAAAGUACUGUGCACCUCACUGUAUAUUAGCAAGUAACACUUCCACAAUUGACUUGAAUCUAAUUGGAGAGAAGACCAGGUCUCAAGAUCGUAUUGUUGGAGCUCAUUUCUUUAGUCCAGCACAUGUCAUGCCACUUCUGGAAAUUGUGCGUACUAAGCAGACCUCUCCCCAAGUAAUUGUUGACUUGCUAGAUGUUGCGAGAAAGAUAAAGAAAACUCCUGUUGUGGUGGGAAACUGUACAGGCUUUGCUGUUAAUAGGAUGUUCUUCCCUUAUACGCAAGCAGCUAUCUUGCUUGUUGAACACGGUGCAGAUGUCUAUCAGAUUGACAAGGCAAUAACGAAAUUUGGAAUGCUGGGGCCUUUUAGAUUGGCUGACCUGGUUGGCUUUGGCGUGGCGAUUGCAACUGGAAUGCAGUUUAUUGAGACCUUUCCUGAGAGAACUUAUAAAUCAAUGCUUAUUCCACUUAUGCAAGAGGAUAAGAGAGCUGGUGAAACCACUCGCAAAGGCUUUUACUUGUAUGAUGAUAAGCGCAAGGCUCGUCCUGAUCCUGAGUUAAAGAAUUACAUUGAGAAGGCUAGGAGCUUUUCUGGUGUCAAUGUUGAUCCUAAGCUUGUCAAGUUACCUAUGAAGGACAUCAUAGAGAUGAUUUUCUUUCCUGUGGUGAAUGAGGCAUGUCGGGUACUUGAUGAAGAUGCCGUCAAAGCGGCAGAUCUUGAUAUAUCAGCUGUCAUGGGCAUGGGGUUCCCACCAUACUGGGGAGGUAUUAUGUUCUGGGCUGAUUCACUUGGAUCCAAAUACAUAUACUCAAGAUUAGAGGAAUGGUCAAAGUCUUACGGAGAAUUUUUCAAGCCUUGUGCAUACCUGGCUGCUAGAGCUGCCAAGGGCAUUCCUCUGGUGAGAAACCUGAGCCUCGUUUGUUUCUUAUAAAUCCUUGUUAUGUGAGGACACGUUCUAUGAUUGUUUACCCGCUACAUCAUCAAUUUGCUCAUUGGCAUUGGUGUGGUAUCGUCUAUAUUUUCUUGGUUCCUUCUACAGGUCUUUUUGCUUGAAUAAUACGCUUACUCUUAACUCAAGAAUAGGAUACCAACCAUUCAGAAAGUUAGUUGUCAGAUUACAAGGACUACUUUAAUGCACAUAAUGCCUGUACUACUGAAAGCCAAUAACUAUCAAAUCCC